UUUUCUUUGUAUUUUUUCUUACAGGCCUUAACACUGCAAAUCUCUUAAGCAAACCCACUAUUUACAGAAGACAUUGUUGUAACAACAUCUUUAGGAAAAUACAGUCUUGAUCGCCACUGGGCUGUGGACUACUGAAGAGAAUUCGAAGCCCUGUUGGUAGAUGAAAACGAGUCCGACUGUAUAUCAAAUUGGGUCUGAGGAACUGAAAUUGUUUUAUAUGCUUCAAUUAAGCCUCAUACCACCCCCCUGAGGUAAGAAUGAAGUAUUAUGCACUUUUAUGGAGCCACAAACUCAAAGCCCAUGGAGAGGUUAAUCAAUUUGCAUCAAAGGCCUUAGAGCUGCUCCGCUGACAAAAUGGGAACAAAACAGAAUUUCUUCCUGGGGAGCAACUUACUUUCUUUUAUUUGCCUGAUUACCAUGGUGGAUGAAACUUCAGGAAAAAAUCAGGAUGAGUGCUCCCAAGAAACCCCUGAGAAAGGAUUAGCAUUCGCUUAGCAGUUUAGUAAAUGAACGAUGCAUAUCACGUGCAAAAGCAAAGACACCUUUCUUUUUGUUUUUUUUUUUGUUUUUUUUUUUGUUUUUUUUUUUUUUACCAAGUACUUAGGAGGAAAUGACCCCUGUGAGGAAGGAAAAUAAAAAAAUAAACAAAAAGGAGUGGAGCACAUCAGGGACCAGGAGCGCAAUUGGUGGGUUUCUUUUUUUCUUUCUUCGUUCCGCCUCUUUCUACAUUGCAACCUGCGCAGAUAUUGCUCGCUAGAGGGCACUUGAAGUAGAAGGAAAAAAGGCUUCGAUAUCCAUCUAAGAGGACUGGUGCCUGUGCGUGCAGAAGAGAAACCGACAAGCGGUAGCCAGUUUCCUACACGGCAGUACCUGUAAUAUAUGAGCAGGAAGACAUCCUUAGACAGCAGUGUGCAGCUUUGACUGACGAAAAGGCCCUGCACACAGCCGCUGAGAUGACAUUUCCUUUGAACCUUUCAGUAUUCCCCAAAAGCAUAUGUGUUUGUUCUGUAGUAAAUGACAUGAUAACAAGGAAUCAGAACCAAAAACUUCAUUUGAUACAUAAGAGGACCAAUUCCUCCUCUCCUCCACGGGUCUGUACUGGUCUUUAUAUCUAUAAUGAUAUGUUAAGAGUGAGCAUGUCCAUUCAAGUAAUGGUAAUUAUCUAAAAGGUACUUGAAUCAAUUAAAUUUAAAUAUAUUUUAGUGAUGAAUAAAAUGUUAAAAUUGACAAGUAAUAUACAGAAGUUUUUCCUCUCCUCUCUUUUCCUUAAAAAUAAUAUGAAAUAUUUCUUAUUCUUUUAUCCUCCUUGCUCCCAAGGAAGACAAGAGUUUCAGCAUCUUAAUUUAGUUAUGAUUCCCACAUCAGAAUAUGAUAGAAAGAAAGAAAGAAAGAAGGGAAGAAAGAAAGAAAAUAAGAUUAAAACCUAAACACUCAAGUGUAUACACUAAAAGUCUGCAAGAUCAGGGCUGGCUUGUGUGAUAGCUUUGUCCAGUCCCUUUAAAUCUAUCUGCCUUCCCCUGCCUCCUCCAUUUCUGUUCAGAAGCUGAAUUGGGGGCUUAUCUCUUUUUGAGCACCUGGGAAGAUGGGAGAUAAUUCCAUUCUGACCACCAUCUUCAAAAUGUUCUCUGCACAGAUGUGGUUCUUCAGAAAGUGUUUAUACCACCGUUCACAGAAAAUAUAACGGUAAGCUCGAGGUGAGUAAUUGCAGUCAGUAUUCAGAGAUACAGCCCUAAUUUCAGGGACAGUGAAAGCCAGCGGAGGCAAAUGUUCAACAUCUGUAGUCCUAGACCACAACCUUAAAGAGGAUUUUACCUCAAAAAUUAGUUACCAUUUAUUUUUUAAAAAUAAUUUAGUUAUUAAAUCCCAUAAUUAACACGGCUGAAGUAACCACAAGGUAAUUUAGGGUAAAUUUUCUAUUUAUUUCUGUUACUUAAGAUAGCAGCCUUUUGAAACCAAAACACUUCAGUGUAAAAGAUGCAUUAAUGUAACACUCGUUUCUUUUUUUUUUUUAACAUUUUUACAUUCAUCAUAUUAAGAAGUUGCCUAAGGCAGCGGCUUGCAAACUACAACUCCCUUGGAGCAUUUGCUACAACCAGGUUUCUAAACAUCACCGAGACUCUAGACUGCACAUUUCCAUUUCUGACCAAUCUUCAGAAAGUGCUGAGGCAGAAACCAUUCAAGGACCUCAGGCUGAGUACCUUUGUCUUGACGAAAUCCCAGUAAUAGCUCAGUAAUUUAGUUUGGGCACCAUCAUAUCCUUUAAUGAUUUUAUUAAGAGGUUGGUUUAAAAGAAUCUCAUAUAACUUUUUAAAGCUAUCACAUUUAAUUAAAUAUUUAUUAACUUUUCCGAAAGGUGCUUUUGUUCUUGAGACUUCCUCAAUAUUGUAAUUAAGAUAAAGGUUGAGAGUCUGGGCAGAUGGUUCAAUGGUCAAGAGCACUAGUACUGUUUUACUGGACCAUUGUGCUAUUCCCAGUAUCUACUCCGGAAGCUCAUAACCACCUAUUCUUGGAUGUCUGAUGCCCUCUCUUGGCAUUUGCAGGCAUUGGCAGGCAAAGUUAGAUCCAUAUACAGUUGAAUGGAUAUAAAUCAAUAGAUCUUCUUAAAAGAGGUUUAAUUUUCUUUCCUCCCUUCUUACAUGCCGAGGCUCUGUGUCUCUGUUGAGGAUUGAACACAGAGCUUACUACACAGUUGGCAGUCACUCUCCGUUAAGCUGUAAUGCCAUCUUCAAUGUGAUCUUUGAUUGUGUCACUGUUCCAACAUACUCCUUACCCUCCCUGGACCACAGAUAAGCACUGUUCCAAAGUCGUUCAUUCUGGGGAAAUCUGCAGAAAAAAGACCGUGUGCGUUGCACAUUGUAUUUGUUUUGGCUGCUUCAGAUUGCAGAUGCUAAUUUUUUUAUUGUGAACGAAAAUAUUAUAGGCUGCUAUCUCAGUGGAAAAACCCUUCAUUCAUGGAAUCUGCCCUCCACAAUUUUGAACCUGGUACAUUCAGGGAGAAAUCCUUGGCUCAUUAGCUCAUCGAAGAUUGAAUUGGGAGAAAACCAACCAGGCAAGCAGACUCACUGUCAUUACACCAUAGUAAACAUCCACUUUUGUUUGCUUAUUAUUUUAGUUAAGUUUAGUUAUAAAUGUGUGCUGAAAGGGGAAAAAAAGUAGAAGCUGAUAAUACAUGUAAUCUGUGGCCAUUCCCUGCUCAAAUGGAGAAAGUGUAGUUUUAGCCAUCCCCAUGUCCUAAGUUUCCCUUUCUUCUAAGCAUGCUCAUUGGUGGGCUUUGAUUACAUUUCUAAAGAAGUGGCCAGUUCUUUUUUAUUGUUUCCCUUAGCCAAAAUUACAACAAGGUUCAGUUCAGAGUGAUAAAACAGGAAUUACUUCUUGAAGCCUGUCUCUAUCUUACCCACUCUUAAUCCCUGUGAACUCAUCUGCCUAUCUGGCAGUCUUUGGAAUCAGAGAGGGUCAUCAGGCCUUGUCCAACUUUUUCUACUCCUGACAAGUUUCCAUUCUUGCCAGUGGAUGUGAUUGUGCCCUAUGAUGGCACCCUGGUCCUAUCAGAGCUUUCCUCACUAAUCCCCCAUGCACACCUCCAGUGAAGUUUCACCACAAGAGCAAUGUGGGUCCUCGUUAGCAAAAGCUGAUGUUGCACCAGCCUCCUCCUGUUGAACUUGUAUGACUCCAGAGAGUGUGCUGAAAAGAAAACCCUUUCUUGAGAAAGUACAAGUCUCACCCCAAAGACAUUGCACUGCAUCCUAUUAAGUGUGGGUGGAAUUGCGAAAGAGACAAAUGCCUUGCCUUUCAGCAUCCCUGAUUAUUUUAGAAAUAUCCUGAUAGGGAUUUUUAACAUUAUCUUAAUCCUCUUUCACACUGCUUAAUCACCCAGACCUCCCUUAAGAAACUGUCAGGAAAGUCCUACUGCAGAGCUUCACAUAGAGAUUAGGGCUGUGAGGAGGGUCACCUUAAAUUCCAGGGGGCCAAGAGUCAGUGAAGGUAAUGUGCUUUCAUAUCAUAAGAGUAAACAUUCUGCACUGACUGGAAACAAAUUUAUAACCGAACUCGGUGACAUUGGAUUCGAAAAUCCCUUUGGUUUGCCAGCUGAGUUUUUCUUUUUAGGAAAAUUAGAUCAGAGGAUAUUCUCUCUCCUGCAGUCUUUUUUCUUUCGAGAUGACUUUGUGACUUUCGACAAUCCUCAGCCUUCAGGAACAUAUGACCUUUCCUUUACUUCUAAUAGAUGUGAGAAAGUACCCCAAGGAAAGGUUCAGACCACUUGUUCAAAGUGAAAAUGAAUGUCUGAAAAUUAAGCACAACCGAAGGUGUGAUCUAUUUCUUUUGUCCACUUGGGACUGUCUGGUCUAAGGACAGUUAUAAUUUGAAUGGGCUUUGACUGCUGUUCUUUUCCAAGACAGAAUUAGCCAAAGCCAGAAUACCUCAUAAGCUAACACAACCUUUGAAAAGACAACAAGCAGCAACUGCUUGAGGAUAAAACACCCCUUGCCCCCCAACCCCAGAUAAUUUACCAAGUUUCUUUCUUAGGGUAAGUAGAAUGUGAAUCAAACAGAUAACAAACUGAUAGUCAAUGUCUUCAACUUUUACGGUGGGAGGUGAGAUACAGCACCAAAAGCCAAUUUUGCAUAAGUAUUAUAAGCAUAUUGUGCCUAUUUUCCCAUUCUGUUCACUGCCUCUCAUUAAUUCGAGUCAGACAGUACAGGCGCUACAGCCGGUGCGUCUGCUCCUCUGCACCCCUUCUGCUGCUGCUCUGUCCCCAGAUGGUCAAAACCCAUCCUCAGAGCUCACGUCUAGUCUAGUGAGUCAGAAAUCGAACAAACCCCUGUCUUCAAUGAAGGAGAGAUUUGAAGAAAGGUAAGGGACGUUUAAUUUGUCGUGUAUUUAUUUCACUGUGUUAAAUGAUGAACAGAGAUCAGUGCUGCUGAAUAAUUCCACGUGUUAGCCUUGAUGAUCACAAGAAAAGAGACCCAGGUCUGCGGGUCUGUGGACCCCUAUUUGCAUUGGUUUAUACCUGGGUGUCAAUUUCUUAACGUCUGAGUGCUUAGGAAUCCAAAGAUAGGGCAUCAUUUGGUAGAAAGAGGGGAGGUGCAAGGACAGUACUCUAUUACCCCCCUCGGGGGAGGGGGCUUGACAGAGCACCCUGACAAAGCUUGUCAGACCCUCUCCUCAUGACCACAGCAAGUUCUGACCAUUUUCUGCCCAUUCACUUAACUGCAAAUCCAUCCUGAUUGCCUCUACUGUCCCUUAUCACCCCCAAUCCCCGCCUCCCAAAGGAGUAGCAACCCUAGGACAUCAGGAAUGAGUUCCACUCCAGGAUCAGGACCCACCGCCAAGAAACACUCGUAGCACACGAGUUUUAGCAGGCAGUGGUCUUGCAAACAUGCAAUCCCUUAUGCAAGACGUCUUCAGAAUGAGGGAAAAGGUGAAUGGCCCACACGCUGACGCAUCCUUGCCCUCCACACAAACCAGGUUUGGGUGUCUGAAAUGCUUUUCAAGAUAGUGCUAGCCUUGGGGCUCAGGUGAGACCUAGAGAGAGAAAGCUGGAGGGUACCUCCUGCGCAUCCUUUUCUGAUCUGGCAGCAGUCUUUAUCCAAGAGCUUGGCCGCGCGGCGGGCUGCGCGCAAAGCGUGGAAGGGCUCGUCUUCACCCGGUGAUUCCGGCGGCGGAGACGCGCUGGGCGUGCUCGUGAGCGACCAGCGAAAAGUUGUGCGCACUCUUGGUAGGAGGAAAGGGAGUGGAAACCAAGCGCGGGAGAGCGCAGGGGCAAGGCAGGGAGGGGGCGGGGUGGGGGACUGCUUACAUGAAUUUCCAAGUGGUAGACCUGCCUCUGAGCUCUGCCCAAUGAGAUCCGUCAGGGGAGGCACCCGGCUCACUUUUCCACAUCACUUCACAGUUACAUUUGGCAGGCUGGCGGGCUCGCAAGCCGGGGAGCGCUCGGCCCAGAAUUAGUGGAUGGAUUUGGAAUCUCCCUGCCUCCUCCAAGCUCCGCCACUGCCACUUUAGGCAGAGACCUGAGCGUCAACACGCGAGCCGUACUUUUAGGCUGCGGACACUGAGCCCAGCGCGCCAGCUUCGCAUCUCCGCACCAGGCUCCACAGCUCGGAGAGGCAUGAACGCGAUCCGGAGGAGACUACCCUGCGCGCGGGGAUCCGUGGACAUUAGCCGCUCUCGGGAACUGACCCCCAGCUCCUUCAGCCAUUUAUGAAUCCAGAGGCUUGAGAUUUUUUUCCGCAUCCCGGAGCCCGACCUGAGAAAUUUCAAUGAAAAGGAAAGUCAAUGGAUCGUGGUCUUGGAAAAGCUGCUUAGACAUGUCUGUUUCCCGGCUCUCUGAACCCGUGGCAGAGCUGUAAGUAAGCGCUUCACAGUGCGUGAUGAAUUGGAUGGCUUCGGACCCGAGGCAAAAAAAAUAAUUGUCUCAUUUUCGUGCUGAUUUGCUUAACUGGUGGGACCAUGCCAGAAAGGCUAGCUGAGACGCUUUUGGACCUCUGGACUCCAUUAAUAAUAUUAUGGAUUACUCUUCCCUCUUUUGUGUACAUGGCUCCGAUGAAUCAGGCUCACGUUUUAACUACUGGAUCCCCUUUGGAACUAAGCAGGCAGAGUGAAGAAAUGCGGAUUUUGAACCGCUCCAAAAGAGGUUGGGUUUGGAAUCAAAUGUUUGUUCUGGAAGAAUUUUCUGGACCUGAACCGAUUCUCGUUGGCCGGUUACACACAGAUCUGGAUCCUGGGAGCAAAAAAAUCAAGUAUAUCCUAUCGGGUGAUGGAGCCGGCACAAUCUUUCAAAUAAACGAUAUAACUGGAGACAUCCAUGCUAUCAAAAGACUUGACCGAGAGGAAAAGGCUGAGUAUACGUUAACAGCUCAGGCAGUGGACUGGGAGACAAACAAACCUCUCGAGCCUCCUUCUGAAUUUAUUAUUAAGGUUCAAGACAUCAACGACAAUGCCCCCGAGUUUCUCAAUGGACCUUACCAUGCUACUGUUCCAGAGAUGUCCAUCUUGGGUACAUCUGUCACUAAUGUAACGGCCACUGAUGCUGACGAUCCAGUUUAUGGAAACAGUGCAAAGUUGGUUUACAGUAUCUUGGAGGGACAGCCGUAUUUUUCCAUUGAGCCUGAAACAGCUAUUAUAAAAACUGCCCUUCCUAACAUGGACAGAGAGGCCAAGGAGGAAUACCUGGUUGUAAUUCAAGCCAAAGAUAUGGGUGGGCAUUCCGGUGGUCUGUCUGGAACCACGACACUCACAGUGACGCUUACCGAUGUGAAUGACAAUCCUCCAAAAUUUGCUCAAAGUUUGUAUCACUUCUCAGUACCAGAAGAUGUGGUCCUUGGCACUGCAAUAGGAAGGGUUAAAGCCAAUGACCAGGAUAUUGGUGAAAAUGCACAAUCUUCCUAUGACAUCAUUGAUGGAGAUGGGACAGCACUAUUUGAAAUCACUUCUGAUGCCCAGGCACAGGAUGGUGUUAUAAGACUAAGAAAGCCUCUGGACUUUGAGACCAAAAAAUCCUAUACUCUGAAGGUGGAGGCAGCCAAUAUCCACAUCGACCCACGUUUCAGUGGCAGGGGACCCUUUAAAGAUACAGCAACAGUCAAAAUUGUUGUAGAGGAUGCUGAUGAGCCUCCGGUCUUCUCUUCACCGACUUACCUCCUUGAAGUUCAUGAAAAUGCUGCCUUGAACUCUGUGAUUGGCCAAGUGACAGCUCGUGACCCUGAUAUCACUUCCAGCCCAAUAAGGUUUUCCAUUGACCGCCACACUGACUUGGAGAGACAGUUCAACAUCAAUGCAGAUGAUGGGAAGAUAACACUGGCGACCCCACUGGACAGAGAACUAAGUGUGUGGCACAACAUCUCCAUCAUUGCUACUGAGAUCAGGAACCACAGUCAGAUAUCGCGAGUGCCUGUUGCUAUUAAAGUGCUGGAUGUCAAUGACAACGCCCCUGAAUUCGCGUCCGAAUAUGAGGCAUUUUUAUGUGAAAAUGGAAAACCCGGCCAAGUCAUUCAAACAGUAAGCGCCAUGGACAAAGACGAUCCCAAAAAUGGACAUUUUUUCUUGUACAGUCUUCUUCCAGAAAUGGUCAACAACCCAAAUUUCACCAUCAAGAAAAACGAAGAUAAUUCCCUGAGCAUUCUGGCAAAACAUAAUGGAUUCAACCGCCAGAAGCAAGAAGUCUACCUUCUGCCUAUCGUGAUCAGUGACAGUGGGAACCCCCCUCUGAGUAGCACCAGUACCCUGACCAUCCGCGUCUGUGGCUGUAGCAAUGACGGCGUGGUUCAGUCGUGCAAUGUCGAAGCUUAUGUCCUUCCUAUUGGGCUCAGUAUGGGCGCGUUAAUUGCUAUAUUAGCCUGCAUCAUUUUGCUGCUCGUCAUUGUGGUUCUGUUCGUUACCCUGAGGCGGCAUAAAAAUGAACCACUAAUAAUCAAAGAUGAUGAAGACGUUCGAGAAAACAUCAUUCGCUACGACGACGAAGGAGGCGGGGAGGAGGACACAGAGGCUUUUGACAUUGCAACUUUGCAAAACCCAGAUGGAAUUAAUGGAUUUUUACCCCGGUGGGGAUUGCCAACUCAAAGGUGGGAGGAGAGAAAUGCCAUUCAAACAGGCUGUGUCUAGAAGCAGGAUUCUUCGUUCCCUCCACUUCAUCUUCUUCCACAAGGACACAGAGAUAAACUGUAUUCCACAGUGGACCACAUCAGAGACAGAUGGUUUUAUUGCUAGCGUGUGAAUUUAUUUGUUUAAUCCUCAAAAUAAAUAUUUUAUUGAUGUCCAAUAAUGCUUUUAUUUAUUAAGGUUGGUAAUCUAUAGAUUAAGGGAUUAUAUGGGGGAAACUAAAUUAUAUCCAUUAAUAAUCCUUUAGAUUGUUUUAUAUUAAUAUCUAUACAAUGAAUGUUUAAUACAUGUACAUUUUGAUCAGAUAAGUAUGGCAGGCAAUAUUAUCAAGGGGAGAGGUAAUAGUCUCUUUAGAGUAGAAAGUGUAAUUGUGACUGGUGAUUACAGGAACAGCAUUUCCCAGAGAAACUUUUGGACUAUUUUCUAUUUUCUUCAUAAUCCUAGUAUUUGGUGUUUUUACUACAAGCACAAACAUCUGGAAGUAUAUUGAUUCCUGUGAAUAUUUAAACUCUAGACUUUUAGAUAUUUACAUAAUGCCCCACCCAGUAACAUUCUUCAAGUUUCCCUCUCCCAAAUAAUUUAGAGCAGAAACUGAUUUGUACAUAAUUUUACUGCUUAUGUUUUUUUACACUUCUGUCCCUGGUCAUGGUGAUGCGCAGAAUGUCUUAGACUUCAAAAGCAGAACAGCACUAGAAGAUGUGAGCAUAUUUAAUUUGUAAUGCAAACCUGCCAUGUAGGAGUAGAAAAUGUAUUAUAAAACUCGAGUAUUACAUGCAGAUCAUUUUACUUUUCUACUUUGCUUUAAUGCAAUAUUGUUUAUUUACUCCAUGCGUUGUAUUCAGAGAAACUCCUGUAUUGUUUCCUACUUUGUGAAAUAUAUUUUUAUAAAUACCUUUGUUGUCAUCAUUUUUUCAGCUAUAUGAAGAUUUCUGAGCAGAACUAUUGACUUUAACUAAAAUGCCAAACUGUACAAUCACACCGUGGGCCACUGUUAGUUUUAAGCAUCUUUAUUAUAAUAAAGAACCAGGGAACAGAAAUAGAUUGUUAUUGAUCCCAUAACAAGAAAACAUCAAGACUUAAAAAUAAGCGCCAUAGCUAAAAGAUAGUUGACUGUGUUUUGGGGGUCCCUAAAUGCAGAGGAUUGGGUGGAGGUAGCACAAAAAGGGGUUCAAAGAUCAAGUUCUACAUAGAAAAAUUCUCUAGGUGAGAUUACAGUCCACGAGGUAGCAAAACAAAGGGAUUGAAGCUUUGGGGAAAGAACCAAAACUUCAUUGCAGAUGUGAAAGCCAUUCUUUACUAGAUCCUUAGAGGAUCCUUAGAACAAGACUCAUGGGCUCCUGUCACCUACUACUUUAGUCCCUAGCGUGGGGAUACCUAAGGAAAACAUGGAUUUGGCUUGGGGAUGGAAGGCAACAGUUUCUGAAAGCCGUUUUCACCAUAUCUGAAUCAAAGCGACUAAAUAUUCAGCUGACACAUUAAUAGCUAUUCAGUGGCUUACCACCACCUUGUAGCGCACUAUAGCCUGAUCACAAUCUUUCAUUUACGCUUCUCUCAGUGGCUACCAGGCACUUUUCAUAAAGUCAAAGGGAGAGUCCUUAGUGACUUUUAUGUACAUCAGAUUAGCAAGCAUCAUAAAAACUAUUACUAUAACUUAUAGUAACAAUAAAAUUUCAAAUCCUGACUCUCUUACAUGCUAUAAGCCAAGGCAGAAUUAAUUUUUAUUUUCCAUUUUAAUUUCAAAAUCAUCUCUUUUUAAAGGAAAGUAGUGUACAAGAAUGGGUAACAGAUAUAUUACCCUAUUCUUUUAAUAGGAUUAUAAGAUAAAUAUCCCCAGUGUUGAUCAAUAGAAAACUAUCCUUAUGAAAGCAUUCAUGGGAAAAAAGGCAAAGUAUUUAGAACAAGUUUUCUUAUCUAUCUUUAAAUUACUUUGUCCAGAAAGACAUCAUGGACACAUGGGCCCAUAACAACAUUACCGUUUACUAUUAUUGAAGUAUUUUGGGCAUUAAAGCCAAUCUAAAGUUUUGAUAUGCUGGACAAAGUGGUGCUAUGUAUGAUUAUGUAGGGGUUAUGCAUGUUCUUGCUAUAUGAAGUACACUUUUAUGCUACCCUGAAUUUAAAUUAUGCUCACGAAGGCCAAUAUGCAGACCAUUAGACUGUCACAUUUACUUUACCAACAAACUUACUAGAACUCCCAUAUUCAGAAUAGGACAAUGGGGACCCAAAUUGGUUGGUGUUUUUUUUGUUUGUUUGUUUGGUUGGUUGGUUGGUUUUAGUUUUGAGAUUUAAUGAUUCCUCUCUUAAACCUCUUCAAGCAAUGGAUUCUAACUUUGUUAAAAUUUUGUAUUUAUGCAAUUAUUUUGUUCUUGCAAUAUUGACACAUCAGAUGAUUCCUUGCUUACAUAUCAGUGGUAACUUAUCAAAUAUAAAAUUGCCACACGUUACAGUCAUUACUAUGUCUGUGGUCUUUGUGUGUCCCAAGGACAAGUCUCUUUUAAUGCUUGCCCAAAAACUCUGUGCCAAAUGACAGGUGAAACAAAGUUGAUCUCUUUCUGCUCCCUUUACUUGUAAGGCUCUUUUCUGAAAAAUUGAGGUAUCUAUGCAUGCAUAGAGGCCUAUUGGGAUCAAUUCAGCCUCUACCUUCUGUAUUAUUUGAUCAACCAUUUUUUAAUAUCUACACAAACAUAUCAUCUAAUAUUAGUAAGCCAUUUUUAAUAAAAUUCUCACUACAAGUAUAGUCAAUACAUAUUUAAAGUGGCUUAUGAUAAGAUGGUUGAAUUUUAUUCAUCUGAUGCCUUUCUCACCCCAAAUUUCCUGCCGAUGACACAAACUUUAUAGCAAACACGUUUUGCACCAAAAAAUAAAAAAUGUGUAAGUGUGUACGUGCAUAUAUAACCCGAAAGGGAACUUGGAUGCAUCAGAACACCCAGUGAGGAAAGAAUCCUCGGAAAGAGACAAAUGUGUCUUUGAGAGUUUGCUUAAUCAUAUGCUUAAAGUAAGACAGGUCUCUGCAUGAGAUGUAGAAAUCUCCCAGGAGCAGCCGGCUCCACACUGAGAAUCCACAGAGGGCUGAGCUAUCUGUAUUUUGGAGAAGGAAAGCGGGUGCUGAGAGCUAAGUAGCCAAUUACUUUUUAUAGCCACAUAAGGACUGGAGGCAAGUAGUCCUUUGCAACAUGUUGUAUUAUGCGAUCGUUGGCUUUGCAGGGAAUCUCACGAAUGUAUAACCUUCUGAUUGCCUUUUUGAUUGAAAGUUCCAUCUGAGAUCAAGGCAGUGCAACCAGUAAUAAGAUUUCAAAAAAUCCCAUCACUAGCACUGUUGGAAAGGUUGAGCGUGCCUGAAAUCCCAUCACUGUCAGUCAAAGAGAUAAGGUAACAGUGGGCAUCACUAUAAAAGCUGCAUGAAUGCACAAUUUAAACAUGAACAUCAACACAAAAAAGAACACACACACAUUCAUAUGAGUGCCCAUAAAUAUACAUAUGCCCAUGUACACACAUAUGUACACAAAUACAUGCAUACGCAUGCACACACACAUACACUUAAGUUAUUUUGGAUAAUUUAUACUAAUAUGUUCUCGUUUCAAUAAUAAUUUUUCAUAUCACAGUCUCGCAUACUGCAAAAAUACUUGAAAUGAUGGUUAUUUGCUUUUCUGACUCUAUCCUUAAAUUUGAAAGAAAUCUGUCUAGUGGUAAAGGUUUUUAAAUGUGAGUUUUUGUUUAUGAACACAAUAACAGCUUAUAAAGCCUGGACUUAGAAUUAAGUGCAUCUCACCAAGAAGCUGGAUUUAGAUGCUUUUGUAUCAUUGUAUUUUUGUGGAGAUAAUAAUUGUAGAAUAUAUUUUGUAGGAAAUAAUUUUCUCUAUGUUUACAUUUCUUUGAUCCAACAGUUUUCUUGGCUAAACAAACUCCUUUUCUUUGUUGCUCAGAUAACCAAAAAGUGAAUAAAAUGUUUACUAUCAUUGUU